AUGGGUGGCAGCUACAUACAUGCAAGGGGACGUUCAGUUCAUCAUGUAUUUAGGCACAUCACGGAACAUGCUGCCAUGGCUCUGCAUUAUUUUAUGAAAACUGAAACAGCUUUACAUUCUCUGCUGCACUGGAUCUGCAGCUACCAAACUCUGUUCACCAAAGUUUGCAGUAAGUGCGGACGGUUGUUGGCCAUGGACAAACAAUCAGCUUUACUGUUACCUCCCGUUCAUCGUCCUUACCAAAACUUUUCGGCUAAUAAAAUUUUAACAGCCCAUCAGAAUUCCUCAACAAAGGAUCAGACCAUAGAUGUCAUUCAGGCUUAUCACAUUGGCUGCUUUUUGGGGGAAGCAUAG